AUGACCUUCGUAUACAUACUAGCCAGCCUAUUAUCGAGCCCCAAGAGCCGCGGAAAACAAACAGCCUUGGAGGCAGCCGCACAACGAGCGCUGAUCGUUUGGAAAACACGGAUCGACGACGCGCUGGGGUACGAUGCGAGCGAUGUCGAACGCUGGAUCAUAGUUCACAGCAGACAUCGCAAUUCCGCGGACCUACGACAACACGCCACGAUAUGCGGCUAUACCAACGGGCAACCGGUCGCGACGAUGCACUUGCGCCUAACGAAGGAUUUCGUCGCAACGGGGAUCAACGUCUGGGCAAACGGUGUGCCCAUGACCGCGCAGGUUACGGAUCUUGUUGGGGAAAUAUAUUAG